AUGGAUCUAAGCAAUAACAAGCGAUGUAAAUGCUGCCUGGAGGAGCGGAAUUUAAAGGACAUGUGGAAGGAGCAUUACAACGAGGGUCAGAAGGAAAUAUACGGGUUUAUGAUAAGGUAUUGUUUUGUGGUGGCUAGGUUCACGGAUCUAGUUAAAAAGAACGAACAUGAAGUUUUGAUGCACGAUGCACCCAAAACUUUAUAUGAAUGCAACGCCUGUAAUAGAACUGUGACAGCCAGCGUUCGUUACAACGCCACGUUCAGAUUCCAUCUUAUGUCGCGUCCGUUUAAACGCGGCGAGUGCGGUUCGGCGUUUUUUAAACGCGGCGAUUUGCAGAAGCACACGCUCAAACACACGGGCGAGAGGUUGUUCACUUGUGGCGUGUGCUUCAAGUCGUAUGGAAGGAUGAAUACGCUCCGCGAGCAUAUGCGGACACAUGCGGACGAUCGUAGAUUCGAAUGCGAAGUAUGCGGACAAAGGUUCGUCCAGAAAUGUAGCUGGAGGGGUCACAUGCGAGCCAAGCAUGGAGGGUUAUGA